UCAUGUCGCCACUUCCGCCCAUGCUCUGACUCCAGCUUGCAUCAUUUCUCGUCUCUCCACACCGGGCUGCAGACAUACGCAAUGGUAGAGCCGGUCCCUGAGUCCAUCAACUUUCCCUUGGAAGAGGAGAAGAUCCUGCAGUUCUGGCAAGAAAAGGACUGCUUCCAGGAAUGCCUGAAACAGUCCAAGAACAGGCCGAGGUACACCUUCUACGAUGGCCCUCCCUUUGCCACAGGUCUACCUCACUAUGGUCACAUCCUGGCUGGCACCAUCAAGGACAUCGUUACCCGCUUUGCCCACCAGAGUGGCUUCCAUGUGGACCGGCGCUUCGGCUGGGACUGUCAUGGCCUGCCCGUGGAGUACGAGAUUGAUAAAACGUUGGAUAUCAAAGGACCUGAUGAUGUGGCCAAGAUGGGCAUUGCUGAGUACAACAAGGCGUGCCGAAAUAUUGUCAUGAGAUACUCCACUGAAUGGGAGAAUUCGGUGAGGAGAAUGGGCAGGUGGAUUGACUUCAAGAACGACUACAAGACCCUUUACCCGUGGUUCAUGGAGACUGUCUGGUGGGUGUUCAAAGAACUGUUUGACAAGGGUCUGGUGUACCGAGGUUUCAAAGUCAUGCCUUUCUCCACUGCCUGCAACACCCCCCUCUCCAACUUCGAGUCCCACCAGAACUACAAGGAUGUCCAGGAUCCCUCUGUGUUCGUCAGCUUCCCGUUGGUUGAGAACGAGGAUAUUGCUCUGAUUGCCUGGACGACCACGCCAUGGACUCUGCCGAGCAACCUGGCCCUCUGUCUCAACCCGGAGUUGUUAUAUGUCAAGAUCAAAGAGAACUCCACAAACAAGACCUACAUCAUGAUGGAGUCCAGGCUGGGGGCCCUGUUUAAGUCAGAGAGCGAGUACACUGUCCUGGACAGGUUUCCGGGCAAGACGCUGAAAGGGAAAAAAUACAAGCCUCUUUUCUCAUACUUCACCAAGUGUGAGGAGAAAGGAGCCUUCCAGGUGUUGUUGGAUAACUACGUCAAGGAGGAGGAGGGCACAGGAGUGGUCCACCAGGCACCUUACUUUGGAGAUGAUGAUUACAGGGUGUGCACUGAAUACAACAUCAUCGCGAGGGACCAGGCUCCUAUCUGCCCCGUGGACGCCUCGGGCUGCUUCACUUCAGAGGUCACUGACUUUGCGGGACAGUAUGUCAAAGAUGCCGACAAGAAUAUCAUCAAGUGGCUGAAGGAGAAGGGUCGCCUCGUUUCUGUUGGCACUUGCAGUCAUAAUUACCCCUUCUGCUGGAGGUCUGACACACCCCUCAUCUACAAAGCUGUCCCCAGCUGGUUUGUCCGAGUGGAGCAAAUGGUGGAUAAUCUGCUGAGCAACAAUGAAAAAUGCUACUGGGUUCCAGAAUUUGUGGGUGAGAAGCGUUUCGGGAACUGGCUGAGAGACGCUCGUGACUGGGCCAUUUCAAGGAACCGCUACUGGGGCACACCGAUCCCUCUCUGGGUCAGCGACGACUAUGAGGAGGUUGUGUGUGUAUCAUCCAUGGCCGAACUGGAGGAGUUGACUGGAGUCAAAGUAACUGAUCUGCAUCGGGAAAGCAUUGACAACCUGACAAUCCCGUCGCGGCGUGGUAAGGGCGUGCUGAGGAGGAUCCCGGAGGUGUUUGACUGCUGGUUUGAGAGUGGCAGCAUGCCUUAUGCCCAGGUUCACUACCCAUUUGAAAACAGGAAGGACUUCGAGGACGCUUUCCCAGCAGACUUCAUCGCUGAGGGCAUCGACCAGACCAGAGGAUGGUUCUACACCCUGUUGGUGCUGUCCACGGCGCUGUUUGGCAAACCGCCCUUCAAGAAUGUCAUUGUUAACGGACUGGUGUUGGCAAGCGAUGGACAGAAGAUGAGCAAGCGCAAGAAGAACUACCCAGAUCCAGGAUUGAUAGUGCAGAGCUAUGGAGCCGAUGCCCUCAGACUUUACCUCAUCAACUCUCCUGUGGUGAGAGCAGAGAAUCUGCGUUUCAAGCAAGAGGGUGUGCGGGAUGUGUUGAAGGAUGUCUUCCUGCCGUGGUAUAAUGCCUAUCGCUUCCUGGUGCAGAACAUUCAAAGGUUGCAGAAGGAGGAUCAGAUUCAGUUCCUGUACAAUGAAAACACGACGAAGCCAAGUGACAACAUCAUGGACAAAUGGAUUCAGUCCUUCACACAGUCCCUCAUCCAGUUUUUCAAGACGGAGAUGGGAGGUUACCGCCUGUACACCGUUGUACCUCGGCUGGUCAAGUUUGUGGACAUGCUCACCAACUGGUACGUCAGGACCAACAGACGUCGCCUGAAGGGAGAGAGUGGCACUGAGGACUGCCUGUGGGCGCUGGAAACCCUCUUCAGUGUUCUGUUCUCCAUGUGCAGGCUGAUGGCUCCCUUCACACCCUUCAUUACGGAGAUGAUGUACCAAAAUCUGCGUCACCUCAUUGACCCUGCCUCUCUUGAAGAGAAGGACACCGGCAGCAUCCAUUAUCUCAUGCUGCCUCAAGUCAGGGAGAGCGUGAUCGACAAGCGCAUUGAGAGCGCCGUCUCUCAGAUGCAGUCUGUGAUUGAGCUGGGCAGAGUGAUCCGAGACAGGAAGACAAUGCCUGUCAAGUACCCAUUGAAGGAGGUGGUAGUUAUUCACCAGGACCCAGAGGCUCUGAAAGACAUCCAGUCCUUGCAGAAAUACAUCAUUGAAGAGCUCAAUGUGCGACAGUUGACACUUUCAACCGACAAGGACAAGUACGGUAUCCGACUGAGAGCCGAGCCCGACCACAUGGUGCUGGGCAAGAGACUAAAGGGGGCCUUCAAAGCCGUCACUGCAUCCAUCAAGGAGCUCACCAGCGAACAGCUCGAGGCCUUCCAGAAGACAGGAUCCAUCGUGGUGGAUGGCCACGAGCUUCACGAGGAGGACCUGAGGCUGAUGUACACGUUCGAUCAGAGCUCUGGCUCAGCUGCACAGUACGAAGCGCACUCCGACUCACAGGUCCUGGUGCUGUUGGACGUCUCCCCGGACCAGUCCAUGGUGGACGAAGGCGUUGCCAGAGAGGUCAUCAACCGCAUUCAGAAACUACGCAAGAAGGGGCGUCUGGUGCCAUCUGAUGAGAUAACGGUGUACUACCGCUGCCAGCCAGAGGGGGAGUACUUGCACUCUGUGAUCCAGGCUCACACUGACUUUAUUCUGGCUACCACCAAGGCUCCACUUCUGCCCUUCCCUGUGCCAAAGACUGCCAGCAUCAUCAUAGAGGAAACGACUCAGUUGAAGUCCUCCGACUUGGAGUUAACCAUAGUAAAAGGGUCUUCCGCUGCUAAAGCUCCUCUAAAUGGACCAGCUUGCUCAUACAUCAACGUCAAGGUGAAGGUCAACAACAAAGAACAAGAGGGAGUUUUGCUGUUGGAGAAUCCCAAAGGGGAUAACCGACUCAGCUUGGAUAAGCUGAAGAGAGCGUGCAGCGUCAUCUUUGGAACCAACGACGCUCCGCUCAAAUACUUCAACGGCGGGACUGAGCUGACCAGUAAAACAGACCUUCAGGCUCUGAGCGGUAAAACUUUGUUGGUGACUUCAGGCUCGUCCUCCCCCGGGCCCAUCCCCACCUCCGAUGCCCUCCUUUGUCCUUACGUGAACUUGCUGCUCUGCAAUGCGCAGCCGGCCGAGUGCCAGGCUGGUGACAUGGGCACCCUCCUGCUGCAGAACCCAGUGGGCCAGAAUGUGCUCGACCACUCGGGGCUGCUCUCCGAGGCCGCCAAGGUUUUUGGCCUCCGCAGCAGACGUCUCAAACUCUACCUGGACCAGGACCUCACUCAGGAGCUGCCAGCUGAUUCGUCAGUAAAGUCUCUUGACACCAAAACUCUGUUCGUGCGAGUUCUUCCCACCACCGCUGAGGCAUAAAUCCACAGGAGCCCAUCUUAGUCCUGUCUUUGUCCGAGACAGGUCCUGGAUCCCCUUUGAAUUAAGUUUUCUACCACUUCCCCAACAGCCCCAUUUAUGUCUGGUGAAUUUAUGACAACAUGAAGUGGUGUCGCGUGUGUAGAUGCUUCUUUUUAUAUACAUAUAUAUAAAGUACUGAUGCAAAGCAGGCUUUUCUGUCAAGUUCACAACUUUUAGUCCAUGGGGGAGUCACCAUCACAUGUCUUUUUUUUUCUAAGAUAACCUCACGCACAGAAUUAUUAGGAUAUCAUUGAUGUGCUUUAAUGCCAUUAGAUAUGUGCUUUAAUCAUAAUUAAACAAGACUUCAGUCAUUUUCUACUUUUCUUUCUCUGUCCAUCCGAUGGCUUCUUUCCCUCUUGUUUUCAUUCAUCAGCAACUGCGUCGGUUUCUGCAAAUGUGUAGUUGGCCUGUAUUUAAUGUGGACCGUGAAUAGAUCUGCUGGUCACGUGUGAAUGAAAACAUGUGAAGAGGUUGCUUAUGGAAACUGGUUAUUAUUGGAGAGAAAAAAAUGCAUUUGUUGAAACUGCAUUAGUUAAAUCCGCACACGCGCGCACACACAUAUUCUUGGAAGUAAAGAUUCCAGGAAAUGGUCUAACUCGAUUAACAGUCAAUAUUACCAAUGGAUUAUUUUCUUUAUUAUGAUACUGAUUGUGAAAGGCUUAUUUGAGGUAGGCUUAGUCCACAGUAAUUACUGCUUUGGCUUAUAAUUGGAAAAGCAGUUUGGGUUAUUGUGGUUACAAAUCAUUUUGAACUUAACAGAUAAACCUAUUGUGUGAGGUGUAUUGAGAAUCCUUUGACAAUAGAAAGGCAUUUAAAAGGUGAAAUAGAUUUUUUUGGGCUGUUGUACCUCAGGGGGACGAAAGCUUUCUGUAGUAAUACGAGCAACACAUGGAUAAUGUACUUUUUCAAGGGACAAGCAGAAUAAAUCAAAGGUGACUAAGAA